UUUUGGCAGGACUUGAAGCAACGGCAACGCCCAAGAGACGUCGUUCCCCUGGUAGCAGAUAGGCAAUUGACAGUCAUUGCAGCUAUUGCUAUUAGUGCUUGACUCGCUCGGUAUUCAGGAAGGCGAAGGAGAGGUCGCACAACGACAUAAUAAUUCAGUAGAUCGAAGAUCUCGCGGCUGCAUAGCAGGAUCGAUUUUUACUUUGCCGAGUGUACAAAUACACACACAGGAUCGGGUUCUUCUUGAGAAGGUUUCAGAUGUUUUCUUAAAUGCCCGACAGGGCUUCCAUAAUGCCCGAGGACGAAGAGAACAACCCUGUAGUUGUAACUGCAUCGGCGGAGCAAGGCGCAGGAGGCCUCUCACAAUCGGAAAUGGCGGAACAGGUGACCCCGGAGAAGCCCAAAGACGCAGGAGCCUCGACUUCCGCCCCGCCCGAGGAUGCGGACCAAGCGCCGACGCCGCCGCGCCUGUAUUGGCUGGAUUGGUGCCGCACCCAGAGCGUGUGGAACGUGGUAUGCGGCCAUGUGUGGUGGACGAUAAGUGACGAGACGGAGUUCGCGCAGAGUCAAAACGAGACGUACCGGUUUGCGGAUUUGGGAAACAACAAGAUUCCGAAGCCCGGCAAGGUGUUGACAAACAAGGUCACCGACCGGGUGUGGAAGAACAACGUGAUGUUUAGCAAUGUGUAUAUGACGUACACGAACAACGGGAGCGUCGCGCUCACCGAGUCCAUGGCCCGCCAGCGCGAAAACAGCAACAUGUGGGAGUACGUCGUGGAGCAGGGCACGCUGCACACCAUCCCGCUCUUUUUCCUACUGUCCGGCUACAUCAGUGCGGCGGUUUCCGGGUUCAAGGGGCGGAACACAGUCGCUCCGGUCCUGGAUCAGUACCUCGACAAAACGCCGGAUAGUACCACAGGAGGAGCAGAAUUUCCGAAACUCGAGAAGUACGUGGAAAAGCUGAGUUCGAAGGUGGGCGAAGACGCCUUCCACCACUUUUGCGCCCGCCGGUUCAAGCGGUUGAUACUUCCGUUUAUUUUCGGGUCCGUGUGCAGCGUGAUCCCCCGGUCUCUGAUGCGAGACGAAUUCGGGGCGCUCACUGUGAUCGAGUCAGAAAUGUGGUUCUUGUACGCGCUCUGGGGCUUCGCGUGCGCCAACUACGCCUGGGGCCAGUACGCGCACUACUACAAGGCGUUAUUCGAAAUGGACUACGUGAAAGCCGGACAGAGGUGCAUACUGGGCGAGGGUACUUGAUUUUUGAAACCGCAACGUGAAUUUGUUCCAUUUUUUUUGCAACACUCUCCAUGCUGGAUCAGAGUUGUUCCAAAGGCUAUUUUUGAGAACUUUGAUGUUCAUAGAGCAGGUGGCUAUGGAAAAAGAAAUAAAAACCUAAUUAUGCAUUGCAGUUGCCGCUCCGGCCUCCGAUGCUUUCAAAGAGCAGCGUGGAAUGGUGCAAAAGUGGUGCUUGAUCUACGGCGUCGUGGCGCAGCUGGUGAACUGGGUGAUUCCGGUGGUCGCAAACGUGGUCUUUAAUUCGGACGGCAUGAAGACCUGGUGGUGGUUGACGCUGGGCGUCACCUGCCUGAUAACCAUGGUCCUGCAGUUCUUUGCGCUCUUCAUGCUUUCCGGAUCGCAGAAGGGUAUGCACCUGCUCGCGACGCAGUGCGUCGUGCUGUUUUCCAUCGUGAUGUUUAUCCCGAUGACCUUCGUGCUGGCGGCACCGCGCCUGAAGGAAGACGCCGAGUCGGACUUUUUGAGCGUGAACAUGUGGUUCGUCAUGAUGCUGUUUGAGAUGCUGUACAUGUUCGGCUACUUCCUCGCCCUCUUCCAGUCGCACCUGUCCCACGUGCGGCGAAUGCUGCUGCCGAACCACACCUUUGGCGUCGUUAUCCUGCUUUUGUCGGCCAUAUGGCCGGUCGCCACCUUCUGGGGGGCGCGGUCGGCACGACGGGUCGGGCCGUUUCUGACCUUCUACGACGACCAACAAAGACUCCUUGGACUGCUCAGGAGCUGGCUCUGGAUGGCCGUGCUCGCAGGUAAGUAGUUAAUAUGCUGGUUAGGUGGAAGGAUAAGUUUGUUGCAUUGAUCUGUUUCGGUUACCAUCUGUGAAUGCUUUUUUCCAGUGAUUUUAGUCUUUCUUUCGCCGUAGUUCGUUGUGGAAUAGUGAUAUACGCAUGGGUCAUGUGGUCGUGAUUGCGCGGCAAAUUUAGCGGACCGAAAAUAUCCAAAACAAAACAAAACGACCAGCCUUCGCCUACUAUUUCGCAAACGGGACGGUGACACCUGCGGUCCACAAACACAUCACGCAGAGUGCAAUGGUGGUGUACGUUUUUCACCGGUUCGCUGAGGAGCUGUGGUUGCGGGCCCUGCUGGAAAAGGACAGCAAUCGGGACGAGAUUGCCGCUAGCACGAUAGUGCUGGUGCUGCUCAGCUGCAUGGGGUUAUACGCGAUCUUACAAUCCAAUUGGGUCACCCGACUGAUGUUCGGAUUAACCAAAAUCGCCUAGAGGGUUGCAUUUCCUGUCUCUCGGUGAUUUGCCCCUGGAGAACUGUCUCUACUAAAAACCUGCAAAGGUUUUUACGAGCGUUUUUUACAACAUUAUGCGCACUCGUUUUCCACACUACACUACUUAUUACAACAUUAUCGCUUUAUUUUGUGGAGAAGUUUGAGUGUCACAUCGAUAAACAGAUAAUUUUGCUAGUUCAUCCUACCCCCGCUCCACAGCGAGCUCCUUGUGUAUUAAAGGUAAAGACUCAUGAUCUCGACGCAGACUCUCAUUGUAAAGAUGGGUAGACUUCUGCCAACCACUUUAUGUGACCGCUUGGUCAACAUCCCAUCUGCCGCACGGAUUUCUAAAUGACUCCCCAUCCUGUAUUUGGCUGUACUGUGCUACUGCCCCGCAUCAGACGCAAAAAUUGUUCGUGCA